AUGCCUCGUUCUCGUCGUCCAAGUCGGGCACUCCGUUUGGAUGUCUCAGACCUUUCAGGGACCACCAUUGUAUCUGAUGGAUCAAGCUCUGGACCAUCUACACCACCCUCUCGUAUCUCCCCCAGCAGGAUCAUCGAUGAUGGUUCUCCUCCAAACCGAUCUCCCAGCUCUGGGCCAUCUACAGCGUUCUCCCGUAUCUCUCCAAGCUGGAUCAUCGACGAUGGCCACCCUCCAUCUUAUCGAAGUUCCAGCUCUCCUAACUAUCCCAGCACGGCCAUAGGUGGUGGUCCAGCUGAAUCUUCGGUCACAGGCGGUUCGCGAUCCAUGAGACAAAUAUCGUCCUUCCAGCAGGGUACCUGGUGGGCGCCGACAAGCGUCGUCGCGCCACUCACAAAGCCGACCUACUGUCCCAGCGGCCGGGCUCCCUCCCACAGAGCAUUCACGCCAGCUACUGUUGCACCGUCUGUGUACCUAGGACAGGGAGGACGUAACCCUACUACUACCGUGAGACCUAGGGAUUCUGCUUCCCAAAUCCCUACUGUUGUACUUCGUUACCCAACGCAGCAUAGACGAGACCAUGGGGGACAUAGGCGCCACGAGUCUUCAAGUGUCGUUCGAAUUAUGCCUGAAGGCCACGAGUGUCCGCCGAUUAUAUUCCCACGGGUAACAGAUCGAGAACAUGCUCUACAGAUAUGGGCAGAGUUGGAUGAUAAGACGGAUGACUUAGAAAGGGAGUAUGGCAACGCGAGACGGGCUAUCGAGCGUACUAUGGGCUCAUCUGAGUUCCCUAGAGCGCUCGCCGAGAACGUCAUCACAAGUCUUUACCGCUUCAUCAAAGCUCAGCUUGAAAGAGAUACUUAUUAUCUUUACCACCGAUCUCUGAUUGGUGCAGAUCUUCAACCGUUGUACAGGGAGAGGUAUGCCGAGGACCAAAAUUGA